AUGCAGCAGUUGUUCCAUGAAAACUAUGAACACAACCGCAAGGGUUACAUUCAAGAUCUUCACAACAGCAAGAUUCAGACAGCCAUAACACUUCAUCCAAACAAAAGACCAGCCUACCAAUACAGGCUGCACAAUUACAUACUAAGUUGCAAAAUUUCUGAACUGCGCUAUAGGACAAUCCAACUCCAUAGAGAAAGUGCCCUGAUGAGCAAGCUCAGCAACAGUGAAGUAAAUAAGGAAGAUCAGCAACUAGGAGUGUUACCAUCUUUUAGUCAUUUCCAGCCACGUGAACGGGAUGAAGUCAUCGAGUGGGAGUUCCUCACAGGAAAAUUUCUUUACUCGAUGGUGGAGAACCAGCCACCCCGGCAGAGCCUGAGCAGCAUCCUGCGGGCUGCACUGGAUGACACCGUGAUGCAAGUCAUGGAAAUGAUAAAUGAGAAUUCUAGGUCUAGAGGAAGGCUUAUUGAUUUCAAGGAAAUACAGUAUGGCUACCGCAGGGUAGACCCUCUGCAUGGAGUGGAGUACAUUCUGGAUUUACUGCUCUUGUACAAAAGGCACAAAGGAAGGAAAGUUACAGUUCCGGUGAGACGCCACACUUACCUUCAGCAAUCGUUCAGCAAACCUUUCUUCAAAGAAGCAGAGGAGCUCGAUGUAAGAAGCCUACUGGAGGAUGCCAACACUGACACUCAAUCUUUCUCUUUUCUUUCAAAUUCUUUAAAGAUUUUUCCUUCAUCGUUUGAACACACCAAAGACAUUGGGGGGCGCAAUGACAAGAAAAUACAUAUUCUUGUCCCUCUCACAGGAAGAUUUGACAUUUUCUCAAGAUUUAUGGAUAACUUUGAGAAGACUUGUCUGAUUCCCAGGCAGAAUGUAAAAUUGGCAAUAAUUCUUUUCAAUUCUGAACCAGGCCAAGACUCCAGCAAACACAUAGGGCUAUUGAAAGAAUAUAGCAUUAAGUAUCCUAUGGCAGAUAUGACCCUGAUUCCUAUAGCAGGAAAGUUUUCUAGAGGUUUAGGUCUUCAAAUGGCCUCAGCUCAAUUUGACAAUGAUACUUUGCUGCUGUUCUGUGAUGUUGAUCUGGUAUUCACACCAGACUUCCUCCAGCGAUGCAGAGAUAACACUAUUCAGGGAGAACAGGUUUACUACCCUAUCAUCUUUAGCCAAUAUGAUCCGAAACUAAUAUAUGAAGGCAACCCUCCAGCUGACAGUAGUUUUGUUUUCACAAAAAGAACUGGAUUUUGGAGAGAGUAUGGAUUUGGAAUUACCUGUAUUUACAAAAGUGAUCUACUUACCGCUGGUGGAUUUGAUACCUCAAUUCAAGGCUGGGGACUUGAGGAUGUUGACCUCUUUACUAAAGUGAUAACAUCUGGCUUGAAGGCUUUCAGAAGUCAAGAAGUAGGAGUUGUCCAUAUUUUUCAUCCUGUUCAGUGUGACCCCAAUUUAGAUCCAAAACAAUAUAAAAUGUGCUUAGGGUCCAAAGCAAGUACAUUUGCCUCUACCAUGCAGCUUGCUGAACUCUGGCUACAGAAACAUUUGGGUGUCAGGUACAAUCGAACACUCUCCUGACAUCUCAGCCCUUCUGACCUUUUCAGGGGUGUUUACCUCAUUAUUGUUAGUAUUAUUUGAUUUUGCUGUUGUAGUUUUAAACUCCCUUCUUGUUGUCUUCCAAAGACUGUUGACCUCAAAUGUGAUGAGUCUGCUCUUCACUGAUGUUUCUUAUACCUACAGAACUGGUGAGGUGAAUUCCUUCAUAUUUCAUUUGAAUUUCAGUCAAGUCACAGCAGUCAUAUGAUCCCAUGGAGCACAUCCAUCAUAAAAGGCUGCAUCAGAAUGGCUUUGGGAUGCAGUAUCAUCUUUGAUGCAUUUCUCAGAUUUGAUGUGAUACAAAUAUUUACUGGUGAAGGUACCACAAAAGUGCUUUAUGCUUCUUCUGGGGAUGGAACUCUAUAAGAUAAACUUGAGUUUUGUAAUUUAUAUGAGGACUUAUAUGUAUAAAUGCUACUUUUCUUCAUCUUUAGAAUUUUUAAAGUAAAUGAAAAACUAUGAUUGUACCUUUAUUUAAAAAAAAAAAAAUCA